AUAAUAAUAAUAAUUAACCGUAGAUCUAAAGUGAUCAGAUCCAAUCUCUCUACCUGUGUUGUGCUGAAUAUAUAUAUUCACAAACAGAAAGAGGAUUUACCAAAGCCAAUGGACAUCUUAAAGAUGAAUGAUCUUGCCUCAAGAUCAGCCCUUGCUUCUCUCCCUAUUGCUAAUGCUACUGGACUGAACAAGUUGGGUCGGGUCGUUUUGACCCGGAAUCCAACCGGGUCGAAAUCAGUGGCUCAUCUUUCUUGGGUGAGAAGAGGAGGAUCAUGGAAUUUGGGGCUGAUUUGCAAAUGUACAAGAGAUGGAGAGUCUGAAGGAAUUGAGAAGAGAAAUGAAGGGCUAAAGACAAAAGGAGUGUUCACAGAGGAACAAGAAGCUCUGGUUGUGAAGUCUUGGGAUGUGAUGAAGAAGAAUGCUGGCGUUCUUGGUCUUAAACUCUUCCUAAGAGUGUUUGAGAUAGCUCCAUCAGCUGCAAAACUGUUCACAUUUCUGAAAGAUUCUAAUGUUCCAUUGGACAAAAACCCUAAACUCAAAGCUCAUGCAAUGACCGUCUUUGUCAUGACAUGCGAAGCAGCUGUGAAUCUAAGGAAAUCGGGAGGAGUGACUGUUAGAGAUUCCAAUCUGAAGGAUUUAGGUUCAACCCACUUCAAGUACCAUGUUGUCGAUGAACAUUUUGAGGUUGUGAAGUUUGCAUUGUUGGAGACAAUAAAGGAGGCAACGGGAGAGAUGUGGUCGGAAGAGAUGAAGUGUGCAUGGGGAGAAGCUUAUGACCAAUUAGCUUCUGCUAUCAAGUCCGAGAUGAAGCCUCCUUCCUCUUAAUCAUCUCUUCAAAUUAUGUUUUAGUUUUAUAAUAUAUAAUCACAUGUCUUAAUCAUCUCUCUCUAAAUGUUUUGAUAGUUUUGGUUAUUUCAUACCAAAUAAUAUCGAAAUAUGUUUUAGUAA